AUGUCUAAAACAAGAUCUCAGAGAAGUCAAUCAAUUCCGGAACCUGCAUCUGUAAAGGAUGAUAACAUAUUAUGUUGUGUAUGUGAUGCGGUGGUUCAAAUCGAGUCAUCGGACUUAUAUGAUGAAUUGGCGAAAUAUGCUAGCAAAAGUAAAAACAUGAAGUUUUAUUGUGAUAAUUGCGUGAAACAUGCUGAUGGUUUCAAAGGUCUUUUGCAGAUGCUUAACAAAAAAUUUGAAUCCAUUGAUUCUCGUCUUAAAACGUUUGAUUCCAUUGAUAUUGGGAUGAAAAAUCUGCAGUUGAUGCUUGAGUCAAGCGAUGAGAACCUAAAACAGUUAGAAAAAUUAGACGAGAAACUUAACCAGUCUAUUAAUUCCUUGAAAAACGAUAUCACCAAGUCUUGGUCAGACGUGGUAAAGAGUAAUUCUAAAAUUGUCGAUAACGAGGCUGCUUCUUUGAGAAAUAUGAUCAGUACUUCAUUUUCCGAUGUGGUAAAAAAGAACCUCGACGUAGUUAGUAAAGAGGUCAUUUCUGUUCGCAGAACAAUUGAAGUGGCAAAUGAAGUUAAGGCCCGUGAGAACAACAUAGUUCUCUUUAAUUUCAGCGAAGACUUGGAUGUUGCUAAAGAUAGGGGUAAUGUUCUUAGCUUUUUAAGGUUCCUAACAGACGAGUCUCUGAAAGAUGAUGACAUAUUGAAAAUAUUCAGACAACGUAAAAAGCCAAGCGUAUCGUCUCCCUCGCGUCCAGUGAUUGUUAAGUUUAUAAACCUUUCUGCAAAAGUCCUGGUUAUGAGAAGAUUAUUCAGAUUAGCGAUGCUGGAUGAAAAAAUGAGAGAAGUGAGGAUUAGUGAUGACCUUACAACGGACCAGCGUCUGCAGCUUAAAAAAUUGGUUCUUGAGGCGAAAACGCGGGAAUCUAAAGAUGUUUAUCGACCGGGUUCUGUACCAAUUACUCCUGCAUUUUUUGAUGAGUUUACAUCACUCUUGGAGCAGAUUUCGUUAUUGGCGGACUAUGUCAUUCUUACGGGGGAUUUGAAUGUUCAUUGGAAAAGAGUUAAGGAAACUACCCAUGUGCAUGGUGGUAUCUUGGAUCUAGUGGUAUCCUCAAUGGAAUUGCCUGUGUCCUCAUGUACCGUAGGUCCAUAUGGUAUUUAUUCCGAUCAUGGUCUGGUCCAAUCGGUACGGUACUAUCAUUAUGUUGUUUUAAUUCUUGUGUCGGUUGUUGUGAGGCUUGUUGAUUAUUGCGUUGAAUUUUUGUACAUAACUAGUAACUUGUGUGGAUAA